AUGACUGCAUUUGAAGAACUCGGUGUCAUUCCUGAGUUGGGAGAAGCGGUGUCAAAGAUAGGAUGGGAAUUUCCCACAUCUAUUCAAUGCGAGGCCAUACCAUGUAUUCUAGGAGGUGGUGACGUUCUGAUUGCAGCCGAAACUGGAAGUGGUAAGACGGGUGCUUUUUGUUUACCGGUUGUACAGAUUGUUUGGGAGAAUAGAAAAGGUUCUGAGAGCUCCAAACCUAAUUCUAAACCCUUAAUUCGUCCUGGAUGGAAGUUGAAUAUUGGAGAUAGAGAUGCAGGAUUAGGGUUGAAACAGGGAGAACUCGAAUGUUCUAGUGAGAACGGACAGUGGUGUGGUGCAAGAUGUAUGGUCGGUGUGCACACUAGAGGGAAGUAUUACUAUGAAGCAAAGAUAGUUAAAGACGGUUUGUGUCGUAUGGGAUGGGCGACGUUGGUGGGAAGUUUGAAUAUUGGAACCGAUGGAGAGAGUUACGGGUUUGGUGGAACUGGAAUGAAAAGUCACAGAAAAAAGUUCGAUAAAUAUGGUGAAAGUUUCACUACUGGAGAUAUUAUUGGUUGUUUUAUUGACCUAGACAACAAAAAAAUCUGGUGGUCCAAAAACGGAAAUCCUUUCGAGGUAGCUUACAGCAUUCCACAACAGCUUGUAACCAGUGGUUUGUUUCCCGCUGUUGUAUUAAAGAACUCAGGCUUACGUCUGAAUUUUGGUGACACACCUUUCGCUCAUCCACCUAAUAACAAUUUUGUGGCGGUAUGUCAAGCAGAUGAUGCUCAUGUGAAGUUUGUAGAAGAGCAAAAAACACAGAAGUUAGAUCCUCUUGCUCCUUUAUGUAUUGUUCUCGAACCCACAAAAGAAAUGGUUGAUCAGACUCAUGAGAACUUGAGCCAUUUCUCGAAGCAGUUAAGAGAUCCGUCUAUCAGGUGUGUUGCCUUGAGCAGAGGAGCCGUAGAUAAGGCAAAUCUCGAACAAGGUUGUGACAUAAUAACAGGUAGCAUUCAACGCGUUUAUGAUUAUGCUUAUAACAAAGUAAUAUCAUUAAAUUCUUUGCAAUUCGUAAUUAUCGAUGAAGCGGAUUCAUUAUUAGCAGAUGCUGGAGGAGCUGGAAGAAUGUUGUCUCAGUUUCUUGAAAUGUUGCCGUUGACGGCUUGCGAUGGGACAAGGAGACAAAUAAUUGCCUGUUCUGCUACUUUGCAUAAUAUGAACAUCAAGAGCUUUGCUAAUAGAUUCAUGACCUUCCCACAAUGGAUUGAUCUGAAAGGGAUGGAUACUGUUUCAGAAAACGUUCAUCAUGUUGUAUGUUAUGUAGAUCCUGUAGAGGAUAAGCAGUGGAUUCGGCUUCGACCAGAAUCGAAUAGAUUAGAAGAUGAUGGAAUACAUCAGGCAGAUCGAAUCAUGCCAGGAACAAAAGAUCAGAACACUUUAUCAUUGGGAACGAAAAUUUUGAAAGGAGCAUAUGUUUUAAAAGCUAUUCAAACCUUGAAUAUGGAUCAAUGUAUCAUUUUCUGUAGAACAAAACAACAGUGCGAUCACAUGGAAACUUUUUUGCAAAAACACGGGAUAAAAGCAGCUUGUUUGCAUGGAGAUAGAUCACCAGAAGAGAGAAAAGCAAAUUUAGACAAAUUCAGAAAAAAAGAGAUUCCAUAUAUUAUCUGCACAGAUGUUAUGGCGAGAGGAGUGGAUGUUCAUGGUGUGCCGUACGUUAUCAAUGUAACCUUGCCAUCAGAGAAAGAAUUGUACGUGCAUCGUAUUGGAAGAGUCGGAAGAGCUGAAAGGAUGGGUUUGGCCAUCUCGUUAGUAUCCAACUAUGAAGAAAAAGUUUGGUUUCAUAAGUGUAGACGCCCAAACUGUAAUAAUACAGCAGAUAUAUCAAAGCGAGGAUGUAGCAUCUGGUUCAAUGAAAAACAGAUGUUAGCAGAUGUAGAAGAGCAUAUUGGGCAGUCAGUAGCUCACGUUGAUCAGUUUUUCCAUAUUCCCGUAAACGAAUUUGACGGAAAAAUUGUGUAUGGAGCUAAGAGAGGAAAAGGGGAGGUGUUUGAAGGUCACGCCAAAACACUGGCUUUAUCUGUUCAACAGUUAGCUGAUCUGGAGAGAUCUCUUCAAACUAGCUAUUUGAGUUCAGUUUCCACGCAUUUCAAAAAAAUGCAAGUGUUGUGA